AUGAGACAUUAGUUUAUGACAUUAGGCGAAGGCUUCUAAUUUCUUAUAGGCUUAUUUAUUAUUGUGUUUGAACUACCCUUCUAUGCACUUCUAACAUUUUUCAGUGUUAUGUGGGAAAAAGUAGAUAGGCUUUUCAAAGGAAAACCUAGAACAGGAAUCCUGUUUCAAAUAGCUGAUAGAUUCAAUGAAACGACUCAAAAAUAUCUAGAAAAUUAUGUUGUUUACAAAUAAGAUUACUACAUAAUAAAUUCUAUUGUAUUUUUGAUAAUAUACUUGAUAGUCAUAUUCUUAGCAAGCGCCUGGUAUACAUCAUAAUAUGGAUUCAGUAUUUUUGUAUUUAUAUUGUACCAUACUUUGCGCUUAGGACCCGAACUUGCAAUUUUUGGGACCGUAUAGUCACUUGCUCAUAAAGAGUGUCACUCAGGAACAGAAUAAUUUUAAAAUUUACCUAAAUUUGUUUAGUGGAUUCUAGGUAAUAUUUUUUGUUGGUUUAUAGGUCCAUUUUAUGGACUUCUGCCAUACUCAAUGAAGAUUGGACAUUCAAUGAAUCACCACAAAUAUUCAAACUCAGAAAAGGACGUAAUCUGCAACUCUGACAUGGAGAGAGAUUCUAUUAUUAACUAUAUUCGCUAUGUUACGAGAUUUUUAUUCUACAGCACAAAUAUUUCCUUGAUUCCAGUGUUUUUUAAUGAUAAAAACUACAAAUAAGUGUUUUAAUUAAUGAUAGGCAUUGUUUACUAAAUGCUUUUCUUUUUAUUAGUCGCUUAAAAGGUCAAUUUCUUUUUUGCCUUAUCAUUUAUUGGAUACGCUUUUCUUGAAAAUGUUUUUUUUAUCUCACUUUAUAACUGGACAUGGCAUGCAUUCAUAGACCCAGAAGAGCCAACAAAUGAAUAUGUGAAUAGCAUAACAAUCAUAGAUGGAACUUAUAACGUGAUUGAUAGAGAUCUGCAUGUUGUUCAUCAUGCUUACCCUGGUGUUCAUUGGUCCAAAUACAGAAAAAUCUUUGAAAAUGAUAAAGAGAUUUACACAAAAAGAAAAGGCACACUGUUUAAAUAAACUCAAGCAAAAGAAUUAUUCUUUUUAAUAAUCUUUAAAAAAUAUGAUAAAAUGGUAGAAAAGUUUAUCUUUCCAGACAAUAUGAGUCAUGAAGAAAAAGUCACUUUCCUCCAAAAGAGAUUAAGAUCAAUUACAUGGGGAAGAAAAUAGAAUAUUUUUUUAAAUGAAAGUAAAAAAUCCUCAUGA